AUGCCAUGUCCCUCUCCCGUGCCUGGCAGGCUGCACGUGGUGCGUACCAGCAGGCAAAGCGGAAAACCAAUCAUGCUCAUGGUGCACGGUUUCCCAGAGGCAUGGUUCACCUGGUCCAAGCAGAUGGCCGAGUUUAGGGACGAGUUUGAGGUGGUAGCCAUCGACAUGCGAGGCUACGGAGAGUCCAGCAAGCCCGAGGGUUGGCUGGCAUACCACCAAUACCUCCUGCUGGUGGACCUUCAAAUAGUCACGGAGCGCCUGCUGCGAGAGAGUGGGCAGAAGCAGUUGGCGCUGGUGGGCCACGACUGGGGUGCGCACAUGUGCUGGUGCCUGGCCUACACGGCUCCCCACCUUUUCUCUCAUCUGGUUCCGCUGUGUGCACCCCACCCGGGGCUUUACCACCAAAACCGCGAUCUGUUGCAGAGAAUCCGCCAUGGGUAUGUGCUUACUUUCCAGCUGCCCUGGUUCGGAGAGGCGCUGAUGUGCGCCAACGAUUAUGCUAUGCUGGAGGGUGUCCUAACAAAGGGACCGGGGGCCUGCAUUGCUGGCGCUAUUACGCCAGAGUACAUGGAGCGCUACAAGCAGGCUUUUGGACGCCCUGGUGUGCCAACUGCUGCCCUGAACUACUACAGGGCCGUGAAUAACUCCCGCUUCCCAACCUAUGCGCUGACAUUGCGGCGCAAGUUAAGUGUGCCCACACUGUUGCUUUGGGGUGGGAAGGACCCAAACCUGGGGAUGGGGCUGCUGCGCAACACGGACAAGUACGUUGAUGACUUGCGCAUCGAGGUGCUGAACGACAGCACCCACUGGAUGCUGCACGAUUGCCCCGCCGAAGUGAACCGCCUGCUGCGGGGGUUCCUGCAACAAUGA